UAAAUAAAAAUAAAUAACGCCCAUGCUCUACAAAUCCUACGAGGUCACUCCUUCAGCCCUUUUUCUUUCUCCUCAAAUUUGUUCCUAAUUUUCCCGGUAAUUCUCUCCUCAAUCAGCCAUGGGGGGCUCCGAUCUUACGCUAUCCCUCAUCGACCCUAAGCUCGUUCUCUCUCACAAGUUCCCUGAGGCUGAAUUCUCUUAUGAUGAAAGAGAUGUGGCGAUGUAUGCGCUGGGAAUUGGGGCUUGUGGGAGUGAUGCUGUUGAUGGGAAGGAGCUCAAGUAUGUUCAUCAUAUAGAUGGACAGUCAUACAUCAAGGUUUUACCAACUUUUGCUGCUCUAUUUCCUUUCAAAACUAGCAAGGGAACUGGGCUUGAUGAUGUGCCAGGUUUGGAAUUUGAUCCAAGAUUUUUAUUGCAUGGUCAGCAAUACAUGGAGAUCUACAUGCCUUUGCCAUCAAAUUGCUGCAUUGAAAAUAAAGUAGUAAUCGCUGGUUUGCAUGACAAAGGCAAGGCCACUAUUAUUGAGCUCGAGACCACCAGCUAUAUCAAGGAAUCUGGUGAAGCAUUGUGCAUGAAUCGGAGCACUGUAUACUUACGUGGUGCUGGUGGUUUCUCAAAGUCUUCACCACCAUUUUCAUAUGCUAACUACCCAGUUAACCAGGUGUCUCAUGUUUCUAUUCCAAAAUGCAAUCCGGCUUUUGUAUAUGAGGAUCAUUCCCAGCCAUCCCAGGCUCUAUUAUACAGGCUAUCAGGCGAUUAUAAUCCUCUGCAUUCUGAUCCUAUGAUUGCUCAGGCUGCAGGGUUUUCACGUCCAAUAUUGCACGGUCUUUGUACCCUCGGAUAUGCCGUGAGAGCAAUCAUCAAAUGUAUUUGUAGCGGGGACGAAACAGCAGUCAAAAGUAUCUUUGGCCGUUUUCUUCUUCAUGUGUACCCAGGAGAGACCUUAGUCACAGAAAUGUGGCCUCAAGGCACCAAGGUAGUUUAUCAAACAAAGGUUAAAGAAAGGAGUAGGGCGGCACUCUCCGGUUAUGUUGUAUUGAAGCCCUAUAUGGCAUCAUCCUUGUAAAUCUAUCAUCUAUGCUCUCGCUUCAGCUGGGUUGAACUUUGCAGCGCAUGCGCGUAUUUGUACUCGUUUUGUUCGUAAAGCUUAUGGAAAGUGGAUGUAAAUCAUAUUAUAUCCGCUGCAAUAAAAAUUGAAAUGUCAAUGUGUGUGCUUGAACUAGAUGCUGAUGUCAUCUAUACCAUAAAUUAUGAUAGACCCUCCUUCUGGUUA